AUGGCGUAUGAACAUGGCAAAAGCCGUUGUUUUACUUGUGACAAAGAAAGACGAACAGUUCGUUGCGAAGGCUGCCUUCAAAUCUUCUGCUAUGAUCAUUUGACCGAUCAUCGGCAAGAAUUAAAUAAGCAACUAGAUCUUAUCCAAUUGAAUUACGAUCGUUUUCAACGAGCACUCAAUGAACAAAUCAAUCAUCCUCAGAUCAUUUUAUUAACGAAGCAAAUCAACAAAUGGGAAAUCGAUUCGAUUACAAAAAUCCAACAGACAGCAAUUGAAUGUCGACAAGCACUGCUCGAGUAUAAAAAUGAUCAUUCGAAUAAUAUGAAGCUGAAUUUAGAAAGGCUAACUGAUCAGCUGAAUAACAUUCGACGAGAAAAUGACUUCAAUGAAAUUGAUUUGAGUCAAUUCAAUGACAAACUAAAGCAAUUGCAACAAGAACUCAGUAAACCAUCGACUAUUUCCAUCCAAAAAGAUCAAUCUGCAUUUAUUAGUAAAAUUUCUGUCGUAGUCUCCACUGAAGCUGAUAUUGCAAUGUUGAAUCUCACAAAUAAUUCCAAAUGGAAACAGAAUGGAAAUAUUAUUGCCGGAACGAGUGCUCCCGGAAAUCAGCCAAACCAAUUGUACGAUCCGCGAGGUAUUUUCGUGCAUGGUGAAGAUUGUCAAAUGAUUUUUGUGGCUGAUCUGGGCAAUCAUCGUGUUAUGGAAUGGAAAUGUGGUGAAACACAUGGUGAAAUUGUUGCUGGCGGCAAUGGUCAAGGCAACCGAAUGGAACAAUUAGAUCGUCCAACAAAUGUGAUUGUCGACAAGACGGAUGAGUCUCUGAUCAUUUGCGAUUGGGGCAAUAGUCGAGUGGUUCGAUGGUCGCGUCGAAAUCCAGGAGAUCUGCAAGCGAUUAUUUUCAAUAUUGAUUGUUGUGGCUUAGCAAUGGAUUAUAAUGGUGACCUAUAUGUUUCAGAUUUAGUUAAGAAUGAAGUAAGACGAUGGAAAGAAGGUGACACUAACGGAGUAUUAGUCGCUGGUGGAAAUGGUGAAGGUGAUAAUCUUAACCAAUUGAAUUAUCCAAGUUACAUUUUUGUCGAUGACGACUAUUCUGUUUACGUAUCGGAUACUUUAAAUCAUCGAGUAGUGAAAUGGACUAAAUGCGCAAGAGAAGGCGUUGUGGUUGCUGGCGGACAAGGUCAAGGAAACAGUCUUUCACAAUUAUCUUGUCCUAUGGGUGUUCUUGUUGACUAUUUGGGUAAUGUCUAUGUCGCUGACUUCUACAAUCAUCGUGUUAUGCGCUGGGCACCAGGUGCAAGCAAAGGUCAGAUUGUUAUUGGUGGAAAUGGUCAAGGUACACAGCCGGAUCAACUCAACGGUCCAACAGGUCUUUCGAUGGAUCAUCAGGGAAAUCUCUAUGUUGUGAAUCGAGGCAAUCAUCAAGUUCAAAAAUUCGAUCUUGAUGCGAAUUGA